AUGGCACUGGUGUUUGACUUGCGCGUCUUCAAAGGACAGCCGGUGCCAGUUACAGGCCUUCUCGUCACAGGUCUCCUCCUCUGUGCGCUAUACUUUCUGCUGAGGAUAGGGAGCAGGGACAAGGGACUCCCGCCUGGGCCUCCUACGCUGCCCAUCCUUGGGAAUUUGCAUUUGGUUCCCAAGACGAGUUUAGCUCUGAAGUUGAAAGUCUGGGGCGAGCAGUAUGGUGGCAUCUACUCCCUGAAGUUCGGCCCCUCCACUGUUAUCGUGCUCUUCGACCGCAAAGCCGUCAACCAUCUCCUGGAUAAAAAGGGAGCUAUAUACUCCGAACGCCCUUUCAACUAUGUUCCGAAGCUGGUUACGGGCGGGGAUAGCCUUGCGUUUAUGAACACGACGCCACUCUGGAGGCAUGAAAGAAAGGUGGCAGUCCACAACCUCUCUCCUCGUGCGCUGGAAGGACAAGUUGGUGAAAUUCAGCAUGCCGAGUCUGUCGUCCUCCUGUCGGACCUGCUGAACAACCCUGAAGGAUACUACUCCCACAUCAAGCGAAUGACAGCUUCGGUAGCUUCGACGGUGGUAUUUGGUCACCGAGGCCCUGAUGCCAACAAUUUCUGGGCACAUGCCGUGUACGACGCAAUGGAUAACUAUAAUGCUUCUCUUGAAGUAGGGGCUAACCCGCCGGUUGAUGAGUUUCCAUUCCUUCGGUAUAUACCUGACUCGAUGGCUUACUGGAAACGACGCGCCAAGGGCUCAUUCAAGUGCAUGGACGACACGUGGAACGAAGCCCGUAGGCUGGUCAACGUUCGCCGACAGAAAGGCAUCAAGCGUGACUGCAUCAUCGACGCCAUCCUGGACGGGGAGAAACACGGCGAGCUGGAGCUCAACGACCAUCAGUUGAAUCACUUCAUGGGGGUCUUGGUGGAAGGAGGUGCGGAUACGACUGCGUCAGCCAUGUUGACCUCGAUCAUGUUCCUGGCAAUGCAUCCCCAGUAUCAGGAGAAGGCUCGUAAAGAGCUCGAUGCUAUCUGUGGCACGUCCCGGCUUCCCCAACUUUCGGACAUGGACCAAUGUCCUUACAUCAAUUGCAUAGUCAAAGAAGGCAUGCGCAUCCACCCGGUCCUUCCUCAGGCGAUCCCGCACCGUGUCCUCCAGGAUGACUACUAUGAUGGGUACCUCAUUCCGAAGGACUCAACCGUGAUUCUCCCAAGCUGGGCCCUCCACAUGAGCGAGUCCAGAGGCUACAAAGACCCCGAAGCUUAUAACCCGGACCGCUUCGUCGGCUUCAACAAGUUUGCCGAUGUCUACGCCGGCAGCCCUGACUACGAGCACCGCGACCAUUACGGGUACGGAGCAGGUCGGCGUAUCUGCCCCGGAAUCCACCUGGCGGAGCGCACACAGUGGCGACUCACAGCCCGGCUCCUCUGGGCGUUCGAGAUCGAUCAGCAAGUCGACCCGGUGACGAAGAAACCCAUCCCGAUUGACUUGAAGGCUUAUGAUGAGGGCAUGGCCCAUUGCCCGAAGCCGUUCUCGGUGGUGUUCAAGCCCAGAAGCAAGGAUCAUGUCGAUGUUAUUAAGCGUGAGAUGAGUGCGGCCUUAAAGUUUUUGAAGGCGUGGGACGACUGA